UUAAGUUAUUAAUUGUUUUGUUAGUUUGUGUGUUUUUUUACAGUAUUGUAGCAUUGACUGUUAUUAAAAAGAUUAAAAUUAAAUAUGAUGUAAGUCAUAUAGAAAACAAACAGUCCGUUUACUCAUAAUAUUUUCUUAAAGCCAAUUCGAUAACCUCGGUUUUGUUUGUUUAUGUUGAACCGUUCUUGGAAUUUCAACUAAAAUUAUCUGCAAUGUCUCAAAACAUCCUCCGGGAGUAUGCAGAAGAAGUAGACAAACUACGUCAAUUAGGAAAAGACCUGGACUUGUCAGAGGAACAAAUCAACCAGAUUAUUGAGGACUCCUUCCAUUUCUUGGAGACGGAAGGCAGUUAUGAUCAAGUUGAUCGUCCAGUCUGUCCUCCAUCAAACCACUCUCCUAAACGUAUCUGGAUAGUCUCUUGUGUGAUAUGUCUGCUUUUAGUGUUUUCUGCUGGCAUGUUGCAAAAAUCGUCUCUGUUUGGGUACAGAAAAGCAAUUAACAACUAUGUUGAACGGAAUGUUCAAGAAAUGAUAUAUCCAGGAAUGAAACUGUUUCGUAAACUUAUGCUUCCAGUCGUUAAUCAGUUCCCCUCUCUAACUGCUUGGUACGAUGAGACGUGUCUGAUUGGCAACCCAUAUUUCCAAGUAUCUGACAUGGAAUGUUGGCCGUGUGAGGGAGUACGCAGUGUUCUCAACCUAACAGGCAGCCCUCUCAAUCAUGACAGCUGCCAUUCUGGUCUACCUUUUGUAUAUAAGGAAGAGGCUGUCAAUGAGAUAAACUAUGAAACCCUUCGUCAAACUUAUCUUGAAAACAAAGAUAUGUUUGAUCGAGAUGCGCUUAGAGUUGUUUCUCCUGGGGAAUUAGAGACCAUCGCGGAUGUAUUGGAGGAUGAGCAUUUCCAAUCAACCGAACUCAGUGACUUACAUAUUGCCUGGAGGCUCAACAGGCUAGAGCCAACUCGAGCCAUUCGUAAACUGUUUGGGUCUCCGCAGAAUAUUCCUCCCUAUACAACAGGCUCCACGCCAGAGAAGUUUGUGUUGCUAGACGAGCCUAAAGCUUCUCCGUACCCCCUGCCAACAACCGAGGGGUCUACUGUGUUUGUGGUGCAAGCUAGUGGCGCCAGGAUGAUCGUAUUAACACCUGCGCCUGAAUGCAAACAUCACUGCCAUCGAGUGUCCAUUGUACUUCAGCCCAGACAUAUCUUGUGGUACAACUGGUGGUAUUGGCGAGCUUCAAGCUUUCCCCUGGUCAUCAACAGCAAACUUAGCAUCACAUAUGUCGGAUCUUUCUUCUAGCACUGUAGAUAAUUAAUUUAUAAGUAUAUUUAUCUCUAGUCACUUUUUUUAUACAAAUC